AUGGACGAGGAAGGGUGGUUCUCUGUCACCCCAGAGGCUAUUGCUAGACAUCAUGCAUCUCGUUGUGGCCCUGGCUUAGUGAUUGAUCCUUUCAGUGGAGUUGGGGGCAACGCCAUUCAGUUUGCAAUGAAGUGAGUACUGCUGUUAGGAUGUCCUGAUUCAACUACCCAGCUCAAAACUUCUCGUUUGUUCAUUCUGCUUUGAGAACUUUUGCGAAAAUGUCCAAUGAAAGUCCAUGAUCUUGUAUACUGGUGUCUUAUAAUAUCAGUAUGAGCAAGUUGCUGGCCAUGCAGUAUUUUACUUCUUUGGUAAGAAAGCCUUCACAUUCUGCCUCAAGCCAGGCCUUCGAAAGAUGGUUAUUAAACAAUCGCAGAUACCAAUUUGUUUGUAACUCAGCAAUAUUCUUUCCCAUGUUUUAGCUUUCAUUUAGAUUUCCUCGUCUAUAUAUCACAUUAUACUUGCUGACAGGAUGUUUGUCCUAGAAUUGUGCUGUUUUAUCAUAGUUUUGUUCGGCCACCUCCAGUUCUUUCUAAGAAUGUCACCGUUGAUUUCUAAUUUCAUUUUUUAAUUUCCUAUUUUAGGAACAAUCAUGUUCUUGCCAUUGACAUCGACCCGAAGAAAGUGGAUGAUGCACAACACAACGCAACAAUUUAUGGAGUCAGAAAUAAUAUAGAAUUCAUUCUGGGGGACUUUUUCCUUCUUUCUUCACACCUGAAGGUAAGUGUGCACUCUAUCAAAGUCUUGUAUUCAGAAGCUUCGAAAUUACUAUGAAUAAUGGAUAUCUGGCGAAGGACUACCAGACCCUCUGGCCCAUUUUACGUGCUCUAAUUGUUUUUUUACAUUAUUUCAUGAAUUCAAUUUUUCAUUAAUGUUCUUGUGUUUUGUGUUGGACUUGACGUAUGCCUGGGGAUCUGGUCCACAAGCUGGACUGGGUCGUAGCUUGAUUCUUAAUGAAACAAGAUAGAAUGUGGCGCCCACUUCAAAUCAAUGUUGCAGCUCUGUUACAUGAUCAUGCACUGAAUAUAAGCUGUUGCUAUUCAUUUUCCUUCCAUUGGGCAUGACUGAGCCACAACCAAUCGCUUACCAUUUCAUGGACACGCAGGCAGAUGCGAUUUUCCUGUCGCCCCCCUGGGGAGGUCCAGAUUAUGCAAGAGUUCGAACUUAUGAUAUCCAGAGCAUGCUGAAGCCUCGCGAUGGGUUUGUCCACCUCCGACGUUGACAAUAUAUUGACUUCUUUCCAUGGGCUUCUGAUUGACUAUGGAAAAAAAAAAAAUCCCUGUUCAGGCGUUUUCUCUUCUUGACUGCUAUGAAGAUUGCAUCGAAGAUCGUGAUGUUUCUUCCGAGGAAUGUAGACCCAAAUCAGCUGGCAGAGUUGUCGCUACUAAGUGAUCCUCCAUGGGAAUUAGAGGUAUGAUAUCAAGUAGCAUAAUGCCUCUGUACAAAUUUGGGGAGUUCUCAUUCUUUAAUACAUUCUCUCUCAUCGUAGACACUCAGCCUCUUACAUUCUGCACCUCUUACCCUUCCUUUGUUCUGUUCUCUCCUGUGGUGUUAGUAGAUACGGCUGUUUAGAUAGAAUUCUCUCAUUAUUUUACCAUUUUUAGCUAGAAUCUCCAAUGGAUAAACUAGAUGUGAUAUUCUCACUCUGAAGCGUCGGGGUGCAUGAAUCUUCUGAUUUCUUUUAGCAAUGGACGACUUGUUUUCAGGUGGAGAAGAACUACUUAAAUGGGAAGCUGAAGGGAAUCACUGCAUAUUUCUGUCACGCACCUAAUAAUAGCCAGGACGUUGCAAGCGACCCGACUUUAUGA